AUUUUUGGUCAUAUUGUACCAAAUGGUAGAUUGUUUUCAACAGAUAUUUUGGUUAUUUGCAUAGUGCAAUUAUGUACUGUAUUUGUACUAUUUGUGAACAAAGUAAAAAUGUAACAGUUGGAUCAACUUGUUGGAUACAUAUUGUCAUUUACCCUUUCGAUAAAUAAAAAACCUACUAGUCACACUGCAGUGAUGUUUUCUGAUGUUUAUCACAUGGUCGAUGUGGGUGUCGUACUUAUAACCAAUCACGGCUCACUAAUAGAAAAUCAAUACGACUUCGAAGUCCUGAUUGGCCCGUGGCUUUGGCGUCAUUUAUUAGUUACGCCCCAGUACGGAAGCGCAUAGUCAUGUGACUGGUUUGUUGGCAAUCAACUACACCGAGCUCCAUCAUUUCAUUACGGCAACAAGCGGACGUUUGUCCUGUGCAAUUUCCCCUGUCCCCCUUUAUCCACCUCUCCGCCAUGGACGAGACGAGCCCGUUAGUCUCUCCUCUUCGCGGCGCCAACGAUUUCAACUACGGUCCCGUCGAGCCGACCAGUCCCCGAGGCGGAUUUGGAGGCACGCCAGGCUCCGUGGUUCGUCUGCCGGCGGGGAGUCCCGGGCGCAGCAGGGAGCGACAGCCGUUGCUGGACCGGGACCGAGGCGCGUCUCCCCGCGACCCGCACAGAAACGAGUUCCCGGAGGAUCCGGUGUUCAACGAAAUCAUCAGGAGGGCAGAGCGGGCCAUCGAUGAGGGCAUCUACCCGGAGCGGAUCUAUCAGGGCUCCAGCGGUAGCUACUUCGUCAAAGAUUCAAUAGGGAAGAUCAUCGGGGUCUUCAAACCAAAGAACGAGGAACCCUACGGGCAACUGAACCCCAAAUGGACCAAAUGGCUGCAAAAGCUGUGCUGUCCGUGCUGUUUCGGCCGGGACUGUUUGGUUCUCAACCAGGGUUACCUGUCAGAGGCCGGAGCCAGUUUAGUGGACCAGAAACUAGAACUCAAUAUUGUUCCACGCACCAAGGUGGUGCAUUUAGCAAGUGAGACCUUCAAUUACAACGCCAUCGACCGCGUAAAGUCCAGAGGAAAGAGGUUAGCUUUGGAAAAAGUCCCCAAAGUCGGCCAACGAUUCCAUCGGAUCGGCCUGCCACCAAAGGUCGGCUCAUUCCAGCUUUUUGUGGAGGGCUAUAAAGAUGCCGACUUCUGGCUACGGCGGUUCGAGGCAGAGCCUUUACCUGAAAACACCAAUCGCCAACUGCAGCUACAGUUUGAGAGACUUGUAGUGCUUGAUUACAUAAUCAGAAACACAGAUCGAGGAAAUGAUAACUGGCUCAUAAAAUAUGACUAUCCCAUGGAUACAUCAAGCAACAGGGACAGUGAUUGGGUUGUAGUGAAGGACCCCAUUAUCAAACUGGCAGCCAUUGAUAAUGGCCUGGCCUUCCCUCUUAAACACCCGGACUCGUGGAGAGCCUACCCUUUUUAUUGGGCGUGGCUCCCUCAAGCUAAAGUUGCGUUUUCCGAGGAGAUCCGGGAUUUAGUGAUUCCCAAAUUAUCGGAUCCAAACUUCAUCAAAGAUCUCGAAGAAGACCUCUAUGAGCUUUUUAAGAAAGACCCGGGUUUCGACAGGGGACAGUUCAAGAAACAGAUCUCUGUAAUGAGGGGGCAGAUCCUCAAUCUGAGUCAGGCUCUGAGGGACGGUAAGACUCCGCUGGAGCUGGUGCAGUUGCCGCCCGUUAGCGUGGAGACCGCCCUGGCGCCGCAGCGAGCCAACAGCGAAUCGUACACGCAGAGCUUCCAAAGCAGAAGACCCUUCUUCACCUGGUGUUGAUGGGCACUGUUGUGUGUGGGUGCACUUACGGCCUGACAUUUAGAAUCACUUCGUUUUUGACAUUGGAAACACUGAUUUCCGGAACAAUGAGCGUUGAAACGAAUGAGAGAAACAUUUUGUCCCCACACACAAAAUUCUGAUGGAGAGCAUUGCUGUCUAUAACACUGUAUGGAUACGCAAACACGCCUUCAAUAGGACAUGCAUGUCAAUAAGAAGAUGGAGAACCUUUCUGCUGUAGUUAAACUUUGAUGCUCGACCGCUUUAUCGCCCUCUUCAGCACUGGAAGAAGAACUACCACUCAAUGAUAAUCCAAUGGCAUCACAGUGCACUGGGUCCAAUAAAACAGGGAUGUACUGUGGUACUUCAUAACCAAUUUCUGUUUCGUUUUACCUUCAUUUAUGUCAAUAAAUCACUCAUAUUCA